AUGCUCAUCCCGCCAGCUCUCUUCGUGGCCGAUGCGCUCCUCUGCGGGCUGAUCAUCUGGAAAGUGCCUUACACCGAAAUCGACUGGACGGCCUACAUGGAGCAAGUCUCCCAGAUCCUAUCGGGCGAGCGCGACUACACCAAGAUCCGCGGCGGCACCGGUCCGCUCGUCUAUCCGGCUGCGCACGUCUACAUCUACACCGGACUAUAUCACCUGACGAAUGAGGGGAGGAAUAUCUUGCUUGCGCAACAACUCUUUGCAGGGCUUUAUAUGGUCACGCUGGGGGUUGUGAUGGGGUGUUAUUGGCAGGCCAAGGCACCACCAUAUCUCUUCCCGCUCCUGAUCCUCUCAAAACGGCUACACAGUAUUUUCGUCCUCCGCUGCUUCAACGACUGCUUCGCCGUCCUGUUCCUGUGGCUCGCCAUCUUCUUCCUCCAGCGGCGCAACUGGCAAGCCGGCGCAUUACUCUACACCCUUGGCCUCGGCGUCAAAAUGACACUACUACUCUCUUUACCAGCCGUAGGCAUCAUCCUCUUCCUCGGCAGCGGCAGUUUUGUCACCACUCUACAGCUCGCAGCAACAAUGGGUCUAGUCCAGGUCCUCAUCGGCGUCCCCUUCCUGGCGCACUACCCCACGGAAUACCUCUCCCGCGCCUUCGAGCUCUCCCGGCAAUUCUUCUUCAAAUGGACCGUCAACUGGCGCUUCGUCGGCGAAGAAGCCUUUCUCAGCAAGGGGUUCGCGCUCACACUGCUCGCUUUGCACGUUCUCGUUUUGGCAAUCUUCGUCACCACCCGUUGGAUCAAACCUGCGCGCAAGUCUCUUGUUCAGCUAAUCUCUCCUGUCCUCCUGGCGGGAAAACCGCCGCUAACCGGCCCCGAGCACCGCGCUGCGGCGCGGGAUGUCACUCCGAGGUAUAUCCUGACCACGAUCAUGUCUGCCAACGCUGUGGGCCUCCUCUUUGCGAGGUCCCUCCACUAUCAGUUCUAUGCCUAUGUCGCUUGGUCGACUCCGUUCCUCCUCUGGCGCGCGGGGUUGCACCCUAUUUUGGUGUAUCUGCUGUGGGCGGUACAGGAGUGGGCGUGGAAUGUGUUUCCUAGUACGCCGGUGAGCUCGGCGGUGGUGGUGGGCGUGUUGGGUGUUAGCGUCGCGGGAGUCUGGUUCGGCGCACGGGAGGAGUGGGAGCCUGGGACGAAGUCGUCUUCGAAGAAGGAGGAGGCGGCGAUGCGGUGA